AUGGGAGACGCCGGAAGAGGUGAGGGAGGCAUUCGCAUUGCCAUUGACCGAGGGGGCACCUUCACCGACUGUGUCGGUAAUCCGGGCACAGGGCGUAUGGAAGAUGACAUCGUCAUUAAACUGCUCUCAGAGGAUCCAUCGAACUACGAAGAUGCUCCCCUGGAAGGCAUUCGACGGCUCAUGUCGAAGUUCACGAGGCGUGAAAUCCCCAGAGGUGAGCCUCUCGACACGAGUAAGAUCGAGAGUAUCCGUAUGGGAACGACAGUCGCUACCAAUGCCUUGCUUGAGCGGAAGGGAGAGAAGAUGGCCAUGGUGGUCACCCGCGGGUUCAAGGACUGCUUGGAGAUCGGUAACCAGUCCAGGCCAAAGAUCUUUGAUUUGGCCAUCCGGAGGCCCGACGUCCUGUAUCAGAAGGUGGUCGAGGUCGACGAGCGAGUCACACUAGAAGACUAUGCCGAGGAUCCUGAGAGACACCAGACCAAAGCGGAAGCCAAGCAUGAGGACUUUAAGAACCACGACCUUGUGGAAGGCCUCUCGGGUGAAGCUGUCCGGAUACUGCGGCGGCCAGAGGAAGGUAAGAUCAAGGAGCAGCUCAAACAGCUUUACGAGGAGGGAUUCCGAAGCAUCGCUGUAUGCUUGAUGCACGGGUAUACAUUCCCCGAUCAUGAAGCCUUGGUCGGCAAGCUCGCCCACGAGAUUGGCUUCCAGCACGUCAGUCUGAGCCACGCGCUGAUGCCCAUGAUCAAGCUGGUACCUCGAGCAACGUCGGCGUGCGCAGAUGCGUACCUCACUCCCGCCAUCAAGAAGUACAUCGCGGGAUUUCAAGCCGGGUUCGAAGGUGGCCUCGGCACCGAGAGUGUGAAGAAGGAAGAAGGCGAGAAAGGCGCCAGAUGCGAGUUCAUGCAGUCUGACGGCGGCCUCGUCGAUGUCGACCAAUUCUCCGGCCUGCGUGCCAUCCUGUCCGGGCCGGCGGGUGGCGUGGUCGGCUACGCGCUGACGUCCUAUGACCGAGAGACCAAGACGCCCGUCAUCGGCUUCGACAUGGGCGGCACAAGCACAGACGUCAGUCGGUAUGGGCAAGGCCGCUACGAGCACGUCUUCGAAACCACCACAGCGGGAGUGACAAUCCAAUCACCCCAGCUGGACAUCAACACCGUCGCAGCAGGCGGCGGGUCCCGGCUCUUCUUCAGAAACGGCCUCUUCGUCGUCGGCCCCGAGUCCGCGGGCGCGCAUCCCGGGCCAGCAUGCUACAGAAAAGGCGGCCCCUUGACCGUCACAGACGCCAAUCUCUUCCUUGGUCGUCUGUUACCAGAGUUCUUCCCCAAGAUCUUCGGCAAGAACGAAGACGAGGGCCUCGACCCGGAAGCCAGCAGGAAGCUUUUCGAAGAACUCACCAACGAGAUCAACAGCCAGACGGACACGCACAUGACCGCCGACGAAGUUGCCUACGGCUUCAUCAAGAUCGCCAACGAGACCAUGACCCGCCCCAUCCGGUCCCUCACCGAAGCCAAAGGACACGACACAUCACAACAUCGCCUGGCCACGUUCGGCGGCGCAGGUGGCCAACACGCCGUCGCGAUCGCCGAGUCCUUGGGAAUACGACAGAUCCUCGUGCACAGAUACUCCUCGGUGCUGUCCGCCUACGGCAUGGCCCUCGCCGACGUGGUCGAUGAGUCCCAAGUCCCGGAGUCCCACGUGUGGGACGACUCCUCGUCGCACGACGAUCUCAAAAAGAAAAUGGCCGAGUUGAAGGAACGGUCCCGCACACGGCUCAACGACCAGGGCUUCGCCGACGACGCGAUCGAGUUCGAAGAAUACCUGAACAUGCGGUACCGCGGGACGGAAUCCGCAUUGAUGGUCAUCAAGCCUACCCAGUCGGAAUCCGAGGAGCUGUACGACGGCGACGACUGGGCCUUCGGCGCUGCCUUCGUUCGUCAGCACGAACAGGAAUUCGGCUUCACGCUGCCCGACCGGGACACCAUUGUCGACGACGUCCGUGUGCGCGGCAUCGGCAAGUCCUUCCGCGGCAUGUCCAAGACGGCGGACCAGCAGCUCAAAGAGAUCAAACCGCAGGACGUGGCGCCCGAAAAGGCCCACAGUACCGCCAAGGUGUACUUUGAAGGCGGACGGCAGGAUACCAGGAUCUACAAACUCGAGGAUCUGGAGGUCGGGUCCCGCGUGGCGGGACCGGCAAUCAUCGCCGACGGGACGCAGACCAUCGUCGUCACGCCGGGGGCGUCGGCCCUGGUCAUCGAGACCCACGUGAUGAUCAACAUUGGCGAGGAAGGGACGAGCAAGAAGGCCAACGCCGAAGAAGUCGAUCCGAUCCUGCUCUCCAUCUUCGCCCACCGAUUCAUGGCCAUCGCCGAACAGAUGGGCCGCGCUCUGCAGAAAACGUCCGUCAGCACCAACGUCAAGGAGCGCCUCGAUUACAGCUGUGCGCUGUUCGACGAGCAGGGUGGCCUUGUCGCGAAUGCACCCCACUUGCCAGUCCAUCUAGGGAGUAUGUCGACGUGUGUGCGCACGCAGGCGGAAAUCUGGCGCGGCAAGCUCAAGAAGGGCGAUGUCGUCGUCUCGAACCACCCGGAAUACGGGGGCACGCACUUGCCGGACAUCACGGUCGUGACGCCCGCUUUCAGUGGGGACAAGAUCAUCUUCUACGUCGCCAGCCGGGCGCAUCAUGCUGAUAUUGGCGGCAUCCUGCCGGGGAGCAUGCCUCCUCAUAGCCGCGAACUCUACCAGGAAGGCGCGGCGAUCAAGUCGGAGAAGUUGGUGUCAGAGGGCAAGUUCGAUGAGAAGAAAAUCACCGAACUGCUGUACGAUGAGCCGGCGCAAUACCCCGAUUGUAGCGGCACUCGAUGUCUCGCGGACAACUUGAACGACCUGAAAGCUCAGAUCGCAGCAAAUCAGAAGGGUAUCAACUUGAUCUCGGCGUUGAUUGAAGACUACGGCGAGGAUGUCGUGCAGUUCUACAUGCAGAACAUCCAGAACAAUGCAGAGAAGUCUGUGCGCGAGCUGUUGAAAGAGGUGUCCAAGAGAUUCGAGGGCAAGGACUUGCAGGCCGUGGAUUACAUGGAUGAUGGCUCCCCCAUAGCCCUGAAAAUCAGUAUUGACGCCGAGAAGGGGGAGGCGGUAUUCGACUUUGAGGGAACCGGUCCAGAAGUUUACGGCAACAUCAAUGCACCAGAGGCGGUGACGUAUUCGGCCAUCAUUUACUGUCUGAGGUGUCUGAUCGAUCAGGACAUUCCGCUGAACCAGGGAUGUCUGAAGCCCGUUGACGUGCGCAUCCCGCCCGGCAGCUUCUUGUCUCCGAGUGAAAAGGCCGCGGUGGUGGGUGGGAAUGUACUGACCAGUCAGAGGGUAACGGACGUGGUGUUCAAAUGCUUCGAAGCGUGUGCCGCGAGUCAGGGUGAUUGCAACAAUUUAACGUUCGGGUUUGGCGGAAAUCUGAAGGGAGGGACCGAGACGAAAGGCUUCGGGUAUUAUGAGACGAUUGCGGGAGGCAGUGGCGCGGGAAAGGAUUGGGAGGGCACAAGCGGUGUGCAUACGCACAUGACUAAUACCAGGAUCACGGACGCAGAGGUGUUCGAGAGGAGAUAUCCUGUCAUAUUGAGGGAGUUCAGCCUCAGAGCGGGAAGUGGGGGCGUUGGACAACACAGGGGCGGUGAUGGGGUCGUUCGGGACAUUGAAUUCCGCAUUCCUGUGCAGGUCAGUAUCCUGAGUGAGAGGAGAGUGUACAGGCCAUAUGGUUUGCACGGUGGUGGUGAUGCACAGUGCGGGAAGAACAUCUGGGUAAGGAAGGUCAAGAAGAGGAGGGAUGACGGAGGUGAAGAGGAGUAUGAAAAGCGGUUCAUCAGCAUGGGAGCGAAGAACACAGCCAGCAUGCAGCCUGGAGAGCGAAUCAUUGUGAUGACGCCGGGUGGUGGAGGCUAUGGCAAACCUGGAGAGAAGUCUCAGGUCGAUCUGAAAGAGGACUUUGAGAAGCAUUGGAAGAAGGGUAGCCUGGCUUCCAGGUUGGCAGAGUGGGAGUCCAGCUCAUGA